CAGGACGUUCGGGGCUGCCAGGAGGUGUCCACAGAGUUGUCCGAGUGAAAAUUCCAGUUCACAUUCACACACCCACCAAUGGAAGACCUGGAAGCAGAAAACGGCAACAUUGCCCAGCGUCUCACCGAGUUCCUGACGCUGGCCUCGCGGGACCAGCUACUGGUGGCGCUGGUGACCUCAGGCGGCACCACAGCGCCCAUUGAGCAGCGCACAGUCCGCUUCUUGGACAACUUCAGCACGGGCCAGCGCGGCGCCGCGUGCGUCGAGCAGCUGCUGGCGCGCGGCUACGCCGUGCUGCUGCUGCGCCGGCGCGGCUCGCUGGCGCCGCACGCGCGCCACGUGCGGCCGGCCGAGCUGCUGGCCGGCCUGGAGGAGGGCUCUGACGGUCGCUGGACGCUGGGCGAGGCGGCGGCGCGGCGGCUGGCGGCGCCGGCCGAGGCGGCGCGACGCGACGGCGCCCGUCUAAUGACGCUGCUCUUCACCAGUGUGGACGAGUACCUGGCGCUGCUGGAGGCCGCGGCCGGCGCGCUGGCGCCGCUCGGACGGCGUCUACUCCUGCUGCUCGCUGCUGCCGUCUCCGACUUUCAGGUGCCGGCGGAGGAACGUGUCGAGCACAAGGUCUCCGGCGGGGACCAGCCGCUGACGCUGCACCUGCAGCCCGUGCCGAAGGCGCUCGCCCGGCUCACUGCCGACUGGUGUCCGGCCGCCUUCGUCGCCACCUUCAAGCUGGAGACGGACGAGCGCGUGCUGGUGGCGCGCGCGCGCGCCGCCCUCGCCCGCUACGGCCACCAGCUGGUGGUGGCCAACCUGCUGCAGACG